CCUAUAUGUACUAUGGAUCAAAUUGUAACUCAACCUGCAGCCUAAAUUGCCGAAACCAAACUUGUGAUUCUAAAAGCGGAUAUUGCCUAGAAGGACACGAGACCGAGAACAAUCCUUUGUCUGCUUAUGUUGGUGGAUUCGUUGGAUUUCUGUCUCUUGUGGUGAUAAUAGCCGCGGUCGUACUUCUGUAUAGAAGGCAAACCAUUGAGAGGGGCGUACUGAGGUCACCAAAACCUAAACUAAGAAAUGGGUCUUCAUGCCGAAAUUACGAAACAUUAGAAUUAGACACCAGCACUUUGCAAGAAGAAACAAGAUUGGCUCGAACAGAUUUAGACCAAACGGAAGUUAAACGUCAUGUGACCACUGGUAAGGUCUAUGAAAAACUGCAGGUGAAGAAUUCGAUUGGUGAUAUGGGCACCUACCAACAGUUGUUGCUCGAUAUUCCGAUAACUGAAAUAGGAUCAGUUAUAACAGAGAUGCAGAGAGACAAUGCUGAGGGGUUUAAACGGGAUUAUGCGUCCCUACCACAUGGCGAAAGAUCCCCAUGCGACGCAGGAAAAUUAUCCAUAAAUCGUCCGAAAAAUAGAUUUCAAAAAACACUUCCAUAUGACCACUCUAGAGUAAUCCUUAGACGGUACGUAGGAACAACUUGUGAUUACAUCAACGCCAACUACAUUAGUGGAGCCGAACGAAAUAAUGAAUACAUUGCUGCUCAAGGUCCAUUCGAAACAACUUUAUCUGAGUUCUGGGAGAUGGUGUGCCAAGAUCAGAUACAGCAGAUAAUCAUGUUGACAAAUCUUACAGAAGGAGAAAAGGUAAAAUGCUACAAAUACUGGCCAAAUAAAGGAAAAACGGAAACGUAUGGAACAGUUUCUGUUGAAUUCAUUGAAGAAAUGGUGUACGCUUUCUUCACCAAGAGAAGAUUUAUAGUGUCUCAACAAGGGAUAAAAUCAUAUGCGGUAACUCAAUUCCAUUAUACCACGUGGCCUGAUCACGAGACCCUAGAUCCUCUGUGUUUGGUCAUAUUUCACAAUCACGUGGCCAAUGAAACUGUUGCUCAAGGAAUAUCCCCAACCCUAGUUCAUUGCAGCACAGGAACUGGUCGCACGGGUACAUACAUAGCUCUUGACUAUCUUUACAAAACUGGAAAGAUGUCUGGCAGUGUAAAUGUAGCGGAAUAUGUAAAAACAAUGAGGGAAAACCGAAUGAACAUGGUUGAAACUUUUAAUCAAUAUGUGGCAGUGUUCCUUGCAUUGCAAGAAGCUUUUCAAGCCAAGCCUGCAUUGCAAUCAAAGAAACAGUUUUUGAAUAAAGUUACAUCACUAAUGAAGAAAGGAAAUAUGAUUUCUACUUCGCUAAAAGAGGAACACGAGAUUUUAAAGAAAUUGUGUUCAGCAUACACGGAUGACGGUUACAAGGCGGAAAAACAGCAUAUGGAAAAUUCUGGGAAAGAUGCAGUUUUACUUGUCAAUAAAUAUAGGCCUCAUCUGACAUCAACUGUUCUUGCCAGGGGGAGCUUUAUCGACGCUAUUGUUGCUUCCACAUAUACCAAGGACAACGGAUUCAUUAUUACACAGUACCCGUCACAUGACAACGUUGUUGAGUUUAUUCGUCUCAUAGUUGACUAUGAAUGCCGCACAGUCAUUUGCCUGGAUCCCCUACACCAUAUCAAAUCAAGCAAAGCAUGGAUGCCAUCGCCAUCAUCUGAAAUGGUCGUGUCUCCAUACAGAGUAGUCUGCAAUACCUGCAAAGAAACUGACCUGAAGGUGUCAACUUUAAUUAUGCACAAAGAGAUGGAAGAACCAUUCUGUAUUACAGUAGCUGAACCUAUAUACGAAUUUGGCUCAAAACUUCAGAACGAUGUGACAUGUCUUUGUAACUUGGUCUCAUUUGCCCUUAAUCGCCCAAGGAACAGUCCUAUAGCUGUUAUAAGCAUGGAUGGUGCCUCAAUGUGUGGUGUCUUUUGUGCUGUGUUUAACGCCAUACAACAAAUAACUAUGGAUGACAACAUUGACGUGUUUAGAACAGUCCGACAACUACAGACAAGGAGACCAGAGUUAUGCGCCACACAAGAUGAAUACGGAUUAAUCUAUCAAGCCAUUUACGAAUAUAUUCAAGGUUUGUCAGAAUAUGUUAGCCUGAAUUAGUAAGAUCAAGAUAUGGUGAUUAGGAGGCUGAGAAAGAAGAUAAAAAGGAGAUAAUUUAUCUAGUGGUUAUUUUUUUUAUAUUUGUUUGUGAUUAACAAGCCUAAAAUAAAUACAUGUUUUAUACUCGAUCGUUUAAAUAUUAUUUUUUCUGUUCUUUAAAAUACCUCUUAUUUCUCUAUUUUACCUCUUUUAAUUAUGAUGAAUCUAAGCUUUGUACGUUUUUAUUUGCGUGUAUGUUCAUUUAUCCGACGUGAGGUGCAAUAUAUUAAAGAUAUCAAUC